GAGCAAUUCUCGGCCAGCGCACGAGAGCAAUGGCGCAUCGAAGAAAGUUAGAAGGCACUAGAUUGUAGUACAACGGCAUCGCGAUGUUUAACCCACGAGGCUGGAAGCCAUCAUCGGCACGACGCUAUGAUUCGCCCGCGCACUUGGCCCUCCAUCGCGCAUGAUGGGAUGCCCUGGCGCGACCGUCUUCCAACUCAAACGCAAGGGGUUCAACCGUGUUAAAUGGACUGGCCCAUCGCCAACGGCGUUGUGGUAGGUCGAGACGGGAUUGAAAGUCGGGGGGAGGCCGAGACUGCGAUGGGGGUUGCACGUGGCAUAGGCGCAGCGCAUUGCCCCUCGUCGGGUUGCAUCUGUUGUACGUCGCGUCGGUGGCCCUGGCGGAGCCUCGUGACCGCACUUGGGACGGCAUGGACGAUGAGCGAGAUCAAGUGGAGGACGACCGUGAUGGACAGCCCAUACCCGUCCGAGUCGUCAAAAACGAGGCAUUUGACUUCGAACGCGAUCGUCGCGGCCGUGAAAAAGUGUGUGGGGGCGUCGAGCACCGCAACGAGCUUGUUGACGAACGAAUACGAAUUGUUGUAGAUUUCCUCGUCCGUGGCUCGAAGGUGCGGGCCCAGCUUUAUGAGGGACACGAGCACGUCGGCGGCUGCCAACGGAAUCAACACCAACGUGGACCAGAAGGUCGGACCCAGCGACGGCAGGACAUGAAUCGACGCAAAGAGCGGCAAUGCCGCGGACGUCGGCCUUUGCAAGAGGGCUCGCGCUUGGCCGAGGCAGAUGUCGGCGCAAGUAGUGGAGCCAGCACACAGACCGGGCAUAGCUGUUUGGCACUGUGCGUCGCAUACGGCUGAGAGGGUCGGCCAGAUUUGGCGGUAGUACGGGGACUGGGUGGUGUUGCAUAGGACGGGGCAUCCCUCGACGGAGCAGGCGAAGGGACCGAGACGGUCACAGCGACUUUGGCAAUUUGUCGCAAACAGUUGAAGUUGCGGUGUGAGCGUCGACGGUGGAGGGGCGGUAAUCGCCUCCAGGGCCGGCGAUCGAGACACCAGAAUGAAUAUCAAGCCCACGAACAGGUAGACCCUCCGGAUCGUGUGCACAUUCCACGCAACGACGUGUCGCGCGCGGGCCACGAUGGACGCCGCUUGCUGCAUUUGUAUUUUUGGACCCUUG